AUGAUGUGGGUGUCGACUUUCUCGCGUCCAGACGUCUCGUUCGCCGUGCAUGCGGUAGCGCGGCACGCCCACGCCCCGGCGAAGCGGCACUGGGAUGCCAUACAAAAGAUCCUCGGCUACCUGAAAGGGACGAGGGACCUUGGCAUCACCUACCAACGGGGAUCGGGGUUAGGGCUGGCCGUGUACGUAGACGCUAGCUACGCCGACACGGAGGAUAGGCGUUCGGUGUCAGGGUUGGCGACGACGGUCGGAGGUACCGUAGUCAGCCAUGGUAGCAAGACGCAAAGCAUCGUGUUUUUUUCUUCAACGGAAGCCGAGUACAUUGCUGCCGGGGAGGGUGUCAAGGAGGCGUUGUUUGUGCGUGCUGUGCUUUCGUUUGUUGCCCCAGAGACCAGUGGUAGCAGCACCCAGGUCCUUGAGGACAACCAGGGGGCCAUAGCGUUGAUGCAGAACCCUCUCAGCUCAGGUCGCACGAAACACAUCGACGUGCGGUUUCAUUUCAUCCGCGGAUUGUUUAGGUCGGGGGAUAUUUCGGUCAAGUUUGUCCCGACAACGGAGCAACACGCGGACCUCUUCACCAAGGCCCUUAGCAGGGCCAGUCUACAGUAUCACCGGCGCAAGCUGAUGAAUUUGCCGGAGUAGCUGUAGCAGUUUCUAGCACUUGGGAGAGGCCAUGUUUUCCAUGCGGGGAAAGGCGCAUAACUGUUGCGGUCUGUGCACCAAUGGCAGGAGUAGGGCGCGUUGGGAGACCAUCGUCCGGGGGAACUUAGUUCCUCGCUUUCUUGUCUUCGCCUUGGCCUUGCUAAUAAGCGCGGCCGUUGUGAUCCGCUGUGAUAGCGACGGUUAUUUGUGGUGGUAGGGUUUUUCUUGAGGGGUUUUGCCCGGACACCGGGUUUCCCCUCCAUAUAUUGCCAUGUUGGUGUUUUCUGAUGUAUCCAGGGGCGUUCUUGCCCAAUUGAUGGUUAGUCACUUUUGAACCAGGGAGGGUGUUCGUGGGUCUGCGAACAUUGUGUUGGAUACAUGUGCUGGAUGAUUUCGUGUCACGCAGACUGGUAAGGUUACCGUUUGGUAGGGGGCACCGCGAUGAUUCACGGGGCCCCUCCUUGCUCUGGGAGCCGCUCGUUGAGCACUACCUCUUUCGUCCGUGUGAAGGACGGUCGUUGACCUCUGGUGAAGUUAAUACAUCAUCAAAGCAGUCUCACCCGAUAAAUAAGUGGCAUAGGCCGCAAACAAGUCCUGCUCGCAGGUUCUCUUGUUUUUCCUUCAGGUGAACACGUCCAGGAAUCCAGUAUCCGCAGCCGCCGCCGUAGUACUUACUGUACUGUGUAGCAGUAGCAGGAAAUCCAGGUUGUACCCAUCCGUUGUCCAAACAAAGAUUUGUGAUUCCGUGAGAGAAGGAGAUACCACCGCCGGCGAAGAGUCGAAGGCACUGUCUGCCAGAUGUAGGUUGUGAGAUAGAUGAAGCCACCUAUGUGUUCUUAGCCUGCCCGCCCGUGAGGGUCGUGACGAGGCCGCUGUGAGAGUGUGUGU